UAAGUAAAAUUUGUGGAUCAUGCGAGAGUCGAGAUCCAUACAUUGCUAUAAAUUGAAGAAUGGCAACCCAACACUUGGCUGUCUUAAAAAUUUUAACUUAAAAUAGGAACACUACAAAUUAACAAUUAUAAAUGCUGAAUGUAUUAUUGAGGGUGUAUUGUGAGGGUUUUAAAUUACAUAACGUGUUGGUAUUAAACAAUCGUUUUUAGUUAUUUGGUGUUUAUUAUUCCGUGAAGGGAACUUAACUUAAAAUUUCAAUUGUGCUUCGCAAUUUGUGUAGCACCUCUUUUUCGUCAACUAAUUUUAAUAGAGUUAGUUUAACAAUUGGUCAUCAUUUGGCAUCAAGAAAAUCGUCUGUGAUAAACCUGUAAUGGAGCCCAUGAAGGAGGAGGAUAUUCGUCAAUAUUUUCUCCAGAAUGGAGGCAGUGUCCGGAAUACAGAUAUUGUCAACUAUUUCAGAGCAUAUUUGUCAAAUCCUGCCAUUAGAGACCAAGCCCGAGUAUUGUUUAAAACUUAUGUCAACAAAUUGGCAUCCGUCAAAGUGGAGAAUGGUGAAAAAUUUCUCGUGCUCAAGCGACAAUACUUCCAAACUCCUACUGAUGUAAAUGGAAACCCAAAGCAAUCGGCUUACGGGGGACCACCAGGCUCGGGAGGAUUGGCUUCAACAACAAUGUACGGAAGUGGGGGGAAUAUUAAUGCACACGGUUACAAUAACCAACAACAAGCCUAUUCCACGCCGAGCAAUGUCAAUCACCUACGACGACAAAAUUCGCAAUCCCAAUUAUACGGAUCACAAUUCUCUCUGAGUUCUAAUUAUGAUACGUAUGGAAUCAGCAAUAGUGUAAAUACUUCCCACUACCAACAUCAUAAUGCCUCUGGUUUGCCCUCUUCAGCCACCGCUGCAAAUUUUUAUCCAGCCUCCCACUAUUCUCAACCACCUGCACCAACGGCACAAAUCAAAUCUCCGCCGCAACAGCUACCUUUACAAAAUAUUAACACGCAACAGCAGCCGAUUUACGGAAGUGCGUCAGACUUUCCUCCAGAAUAUGGACUUCCAACUCUUCCAAAUUCAAAUACAGUAACGUCCCCACGCAGAUUUGUGAGUCCGCAAAAUUCUUAUGGGAGUAGCAAUAGCGGGGGAAGUUCCUCUUCAAGAGCACCACCCCCAUAUCGACCACCACCACCUGCAGGCAGGUUUACCACUUCUCCACCAAAUUCAGGAUUGCCUCACGGAAUUUCAAGACGAAGUUCAAUGACGGCAGUAGGAGGAGUCGUACCGUAUCAGCGAACGCAUAGUGUACCGGGCACUGGAAUGGGUGGACCUGCUUCGUACUACUCGACGUCGUCCACCCAAAAUAUUAAUGCUUUAAUGGAACCGUCUGUAGGCAUGUAUCAAUAUCACCGAAGCGCUUCAGUGACUGGAUUACCCAUAGCCGUGAAUAAUUCUGUGGCGACGGCCCCAUCAUCAAGUGAUUACAGCAAGUAUUUUGACACACUAACCGGUGCCCCUCCCCCACCAGUUCCCCCCAGGUCAAGAAGAUCUGUGGAACGUUCUCCCAGUGCAGCAAAUAGUUACUCCAGCUCCAGUAUUACUAGCAGUCAUAAUAACCAUCAUCAAGGAGAACUGAGAAGAUUGGCAACAAAAAAGAUGGACACGGAAAGAAUGAACGGAGGAGAUAAUAAUAGCAGCAGCAGUUCAGAUUCCAGCCCUUCUUCCGCAAAUUCAAUUCAACCACAACAUUUGCAGCAGAGAAUACAUGGCACAUCAUCCGCUAGUUCUGGACCAACAAUGCAGAACCAGAUGCGGCUAGAGAAAGAAAUUGAUAAUGGAAUGAUGGAUGCUGAACAAGAGAAGGAGAACAUAAAUAACUUGCAAGUUAGUGACGGCUCAAUAAAUCAUAUAGAGCAUGACAGGACCCAGUCAAGUAACUUAGAAAAUGGAAACUCGGAAGUGGAGGCGAAAAUAAGCGUUCGUGAAAGGAUGCAAAAGUUUAAUAAUAUAGCGUCAGAAUGUGAGUUGGCUGGUGUCAAAGUAUCCUCAUCUUCUAGGAAUCGUAGAGAUAUUGCUGCAAAGCACGAAUCUGGGGAUUUUGAUACAGCGUCCUUAUCAUCGUAUGGAUAUUCUUCCCAUGUACAGUUGGAUCCAAAGUCGAAAGAAUGGAUGAUUAACGCCAUGAAAUGUCAGUAUCCAGUGUUAAAUAAGAUGGCUCAAGAAAAUCCAGCUCUUGUUCGAAGAAGAGAUAUGAACGGCUAUACUGCAUUACAUUGGGCAGCAAAAAUGGGCAACUUGGAAUGCGUGAAACUUCUUGCUGGAACGUACAAAGCUGAAGUGAAUAUAAAAUCGAAUGGGGGUUACACGCCGUUGCACUUAGCUGCUCAGUUUGGUCGUCAAGAUUGUUACGAUGUGCUGAUAAAAACGUACAAUGCGGACGCCAAUAAUCGGGAUCAUAGUGGAAAGAAACCUAUGCAAUACCUUGUCCGUCAAGAUGCAUCCUUAUCAAUGGAUACUUUCAAAAAACUUAAAGAGAAACGACGACAUACGGAGCAACGAGAAAGAGAUUCUAGUUUUCUUCGAAUUGGUUCGUUAAAUGUAAAAGUUAAGAGCACGACUCGGGAUGCUUUUGGAUAUUUUUUGGGCAAAUCUACCUCGUCCAGUAGCAUGGAUAGAGUACAAAAAACCUGGGGUUCGGACCCAGAAACGGAGGAAAGAGACAAGGAUAAGCAAAUGAUGCCCCCACCUCCACCAUCAGGAUUAUUACUACGACACAAACCUUCUAAGCGAAGACAGAAGCGUGCGAUUGAUUCCGACAUUAUCAAAGAAUCAAAAUCAGAUUCGGACUCUGACUCGGCGUUCGGAUUUGGCCAAGAAUGGAUGAGCCCAGUGCGAGACUAAUUUAUUGCAUUAAAUAUAUUAAACAUAAAUAUAAUGACGGCACGUAUAAGAACUAUACAAUCAAUUCUUGGUUAUCAAAAUAAAAAUACUCACAUGAUCUGAGAAAUACGUAUGAAACA